AUGAAGAACCAGUCAAUGGAGACAGACUUCAUUCUGCUUGGACUGACAGAUGACCCUCUGCUACAAAUUGUGAUUUUCCUGUUUCUAUUUUUCAAUUACAUAUUGAGCCUGAUGGGGAACUUAAUCAUCCUCCUCCUCACCCUACUGGAUCCCCAUCUCAAGACGCCAAUGUACUUCUUCCUCCGAAAUUUCUCCUUCUUGGAAAUUUUAUUCACAACAGUCUGCAUUCCACGAUUCUUGACAAGCUUUCUGACUGGAGACAAAACAAUUUCCUACAAUGAUUGUGCAACUCAAUUAUUCUUUUUUAUUUUAUUAGGAGUAACAGAGUUUUACCUCCUGGCUGCCAUGUCCUAUGACCGCUACGUUGCCAUCUGCAAACCGCUGCAUUACCCAAUCAUCAUGAACAGCAAAGUGUGCUACCAACUUGUGCUCAGCUCCUGGGUAGCUGGAUUCCUCAUUACCUUUCCCCCUUUGAUCAUGGGACUCAAGCUGGAUUUCUGUGCUUCCAAAACUAUUGAUCACUUCCUAUGUGACACUUCUCCUAUCCUGCAGAUCUCUUGCACAGAUACACGUUUCAUAGAAUUGAUGGCUUUUGUCUUAGCUGUGUUGACGCUUGUCAUCACAUUGUUGCUAGUGGUCCUCUCCUACACAUACAUCAUCAAAACCCUUCUAAAAUUCCCUUCUGUCCAACAACAAAAAAAGGCCUUUGCCACCUGCUCCUCACACAUGGUGGUUGUCUCUAUUACUUAUGGGAGUUGUAUCUUCAUGUAUCUGAAACCAUCAGCAAAGGAAAGGGUGACUGUAACUAAAGGUGUAGCUGUGCUCAAUACCUCUGUCGCCCCUUUACUCAAUCCCUUUAUUUACACCCUAAGGAACCAGCAGGUGAAAGAAUCUCUUAAGAAUAUGCUUCAAAGAUAUUGUUAUUUUCAAAACAGUGAGACAAAAUUUGUAUAUAAAUAA